AUGGCGACGGCGCUUCAGAAACAGCUCGCGUCCAUCGCGGCUUCGAGCACCCACCAGCUCGAUCUGCGCGCGCAGAAGUCGGCGCAUGGCAAAUCGCUACUAUUCGAUUCCAAAAUCGCCGCAUCACAAUCCUUCGAGACUGUCUAUCUAAUCUGCUAUGACGGCUACAAGGAUCUUUGCGCAUUGGAUCCGAGGUUUUUGCGCUUCUCUAAGAAUCUGUUCAGCGAGCAGAGCAAGGCGGAAGAUCGCACUCAGAUGACCAAGGAUGAAAACACCAAAUUGAACACAGUACUCGAAGCAUUCAUCACGCUGGUUGGACCAAGGCUACUGUUGAAGCCGGCUGAAAAGGCCCUCGAGUGGCUGGUGAGAAGAUUCCGCAUCCACGAGUACAACACUGAAACUCUUGUAUUCACUUACCUACCCUACCACAACACACCACAGUUCCUUGCGCUGCUCUCCAUCUUGCCCGCACAACCAACGCACGCCAUCCGCUUCCUCUUUCCCUACAUUCAGGCGCCAACAAACGUACCUCAGCGGACAAUCGCGUACACAGCCAUCAAUACCUCACAGUUCUUCAACGCCUAUCAAUCAUAUGUGGCCAAGGUUGUGGAAGCGGGCCACCAGGCCUCGCAUAUGCUGUCCUUCUGGUCGGGAAUCACGGUCGAAGCUAUAUACGGUAUAGUGAGCAACGCAAGCUCUGGCAGGAAGGAUCUCCAGGAUCAAGGAACCGAGAAAUUGGUGCUGGAAUUGCUCCCGGUUCUCAACAGCUGUAUGCGGGCCAAGCACGGAGCUGACACGGUUCUGGCCUGCUACGCCAUAGUCAUCAUGAUGGUGAACCAGGCGAAGGUUGGAGACAAGGUCCUGGAUGGGCUGAUGGAGGCUGUCGUCGUAGCAUACGAUGAAACUUCUCUUCAGUCAUGCCUCGCAUGUCUGGCCAUUAUUGCUGUGGAGCGCUCAACAGCGCAAAUCCCAGCCAAAGUAUCAAGAAAAGUACUCAAGGUCCCUCAGCUCGUGCAGAAGUUGACGGCGCUAUCACAGCAAUGUCAGGUCGAUCGACUUGUGCUGGGCUGUGCUCUUGGUGCGCUCAGCGAUAGCUCCCACGAGAACCACGAACUUUUCAGCGAAUUGAUCGCAUCUGGCCUACUCACCACGUCAUACAUCCAGAUGGUAUUAUCGGCAUUGGUCCAACUCCUUCGUGAUAGUGCGCCGGGUUCUGAAGAGCACGGAGAACUACUUCAGCUCGCUACUAAGAUGGCCGAAUCGAAAGAGCUACAAAGCAUACUGCAGGGAGUCGCGAAACAGAACAAUGUCGAUUUGGAGUCGUUGGGACUUACUGUUGGCCAAACAUUUGAUAUCGCAGAUAUUCCGGAUGAGGACUCAGACGAAGAGAUGUUAGAUGCAGACGAGGAUACAACCGAAAAGCCUCUCGUACAGUUGCCGGAGAUCACCACCAAGAGCUUUUUCGAUGCCAAGUCAGGAAACGAUUUUGCACAAGCCGCCGAUGUUUUCGAGCAGGCUGUAGUCACGAAGCAGACUCGGCAGUUCCUCGUUUCAGAAGCAUUACAGCAAGAGUCCGCACUCAAGCAACCAAUCUACCUCUCAUUCCUCGCUCGCGUCUGGAGUAGCAUCCGACCGGUCGCCGUCCGUGUUGCCGCCCUUCGUGCAGCCGCAUCAUCGUUCGAAAAACUUGAGGCUGCACACGUCCUGCAGAACAUCUUGCCAUACCUUAUUCACGCUCUUGCUGACCCAUCCCCACUCAUUCGACGUUCAGCAGCUGCCUGCGUCGGAUCCUUGGCACGAAAGGCCUCCGCGAAGUCGAAGGCGCAAACCUGGGGAAAGUCCGAUCUCUAUGGGAAAGAAUCGAAGAGCAUUUCAGAGCUUAAGCCUGAGGAUGUGCUUGUGUUCGUUUCGUCAAUGCUGCAGCCGAUCCUGGAAGAAUGCGUCAUGGACUCAAAGUUCAUUAUUCCUGCGCUUCGCGAUGUCCUGGAAGGGACACAAUUAAAGAAUCACGCCAAAAACACUUUCAAGAUGCAAACGAGAACUUCAAUCCUAGGGUUCUUCGCAAGCCACGCCAGCCUUACGCCAGUAUUGGGAGUCCGACUUAGUCUUCUACCGAUCGCAAACAUACGCGGCAAAGUCUCCGAUAACGUUCGCAACAAUACCGUGAUUCCUUUACUGACCGAAUGGUCUAGUCUCCCAACUGCCACCGUGACUGCUAACUGCAACAUCGAAGGCUUUUCGCUUGAUGAGGUGGAGCGCGCUCACAUUACUGCGACGAUGCCUAGGGAGGCGAAGAGCGCUCAGCUGCUACAGGACAUAAUCUCCGGAACACUUAACAAGGACCGCGAAAUUCUAGUCAGUGCUGCCUUUGAGCGUAUCCAUACCUCAUGGUCGUCAUUCAGGUCUGAAGCCAGACACGCGCUGGCUCAGUGUAUGCUCGGCUUAUCUACUAGUGAAAGUAACAACUCUUUCGACAAGCUUUGCAGAGAGCAGUCCGUCGAGAUACUACGCAACGUCGAUCUCGAUUCCGCCAUUCUGGUUAGUUUCUUGGAAAGCAUUCCAUCACCUACAGCGAUGCCUGGAGGACCACCUGCCGCGAAGAGGAGACGAACAAGCCGAAGUGAGAUGGCUCGUGUAGAGCUUUCAUCUCAAGAUGAUGUUCAGCGACUGCUCCGAAAGCUCACAUUGGUCCUUGAGUUGGUUGAAGGAUCCAACCCCGGACAGCACCCACCGCUGUUCAAGCACCUCUUUGGUAUUUUCGCGGAGCUACAACCACUCAAGCAACAGUCUGGAUCUGAGCUAGUGUAUCUUCAAAGCAUCAUUUUGGGCUCACUUAGCCCUAUUGUGAACACUUUGAAGGAACAGGCAGACACCGCCGACUACCAAUCGGCAGUACGAGCGGAUCUACUCAUCGACUGCAUUCGACACUCCAGCAGCCCUCAAGUUCAGAACAGCGCUCUACUCCUCAUUUCCAACCUCGCAUCAUGGGUACCUGAUCUCAUCCUUCACAACCUCAUGCCUAUCUUCACCUUCAUAGGAUCUACUCUGCUUCGCCAACAUGACGACUAUUCUGCCCAGGUCGUCGAUAAGACCAUCUCCCGCGUCGUACCCCAACUGGCUGCCUCUCUCCGCUCGAAGCACAGGGACUUUAUCGCUGGCGUGUCCGAUCUGUUGCUCAGUUUCACUGCUGCCUUUGAACAUAUUCCUCUACACAGGAGGAUGAAGCUGUUCACCGAGCUCGCCCGUACGCUAGGCCCCGAAGACUCGCUUCCAGCUAUUGUGGCGUUACUUGCCGAUCGCUAUCAUAGCAAAGAACAGCGAAGAUUCUGCGCCGACUUGCUGCUUCACUUUGAACCUGUACACACUCUCGUCACCUUCAAGGGUUACCUCGACCUACUCACUGAUGCAGUGGGGCCGAAGCCCCAGGUUUCAGAGACACUGUUCGGCCUUAAGGAGAAGAUCAAAGACAACAAGUUCGAUCUAUCAAUCCAGAGCAUGCUGUCGUGUUUGACAGAUCUUGCGCUCGAUGACAAGGUAAAGGCACACGUUACUAGAGCGUACAGAAAGAAGGAUGAUCCGGAACGGCCGCGCAAGAUCUUUGCAAGCAUUGUCGAAACCACUAUCCAGUUAUCAAAGAAACUGGCAGCAAACCCCAAGACUUACGCGGGUUGCAGCCGUGUCCUCGCCAGCUGCCUGGACCUCUUACCAUCGACCGAUCUCAUCAAAUCGGCACAGCUACUGCUCUCGAGCACAGACUCUCAUGUGCAAGUAGCUGCCGUGAAGGCGGUCGAGCUGCGCGCUGGCACCGCCAAGCAGAACGAUCGCAAAUCUGUGGAGGCCCUGAUCGCUUUCUUGCCCAGUGUCCAGGACCUUCUGGAACAAUCAUCUGAGAUAGAUGUCAAGAUGGUGUCUGUUAGCUGCAUUGACCGCAUCAUCGAGCGCUUCGGAAAGAAGGACGUAUCUGCUGUUGUAUCAGUGGCACAAAUCAUCUCCGGAUCACAGUCACUAUCUAGCAGCGACGAUCGCCUCCGCAUUCUCUCUCUUCUCUGCCUCACGUCUGUUGUUGAUGUUCUCGAGGAUGAAGCCAUCUCGCUUCUUCCUACCGUUUUGCCAACAGCGUUCGAGUACCUGUCGCACGCUAUCGAAGAAGAGAAGACCGGUCUGCACAACGCUGUGUUCACCAUCCUUUCAAACAUCGUUGAACGGUUGGGAUACAUGUUCUCGCGCGACUACCUGGAGACUGCCCUUCGUCUGUGCCAGCGCUCCGCUGCUGCCGACCUGGAACAGACUUGCGACGAAAGCCGCAGCAGUUUCUUUCAGAGCAUCGCUGAGCAUCUUGGAGCCCAGGAGGUCUUCGCUGCUAUUAAGUCCACAUGGCCGAAUGCCGCUUCCCAAGGAUUCGAUGCCUCGCUUGAGCAGCUUGAGCUUCUGCGCGCGACUGUCAACACUCAGACUAAAGCUAAGCUUGUCAAAGCGAGCCCGCCGCUCUUCAGCCUACUUCUGCAGACUUUCCGCCUACGUGAGACUGUCCAGUCUGCCACCGUUGAGGUUGACGAUGAGGAGAUUGAACAGCUGGAAACCACUCUUACUGAUUCAGUUAUCGCUAUGGUAUUGAAGCUUAGCGACGCUACGUUCCGCCCCUUCUUCGUGCAGCUCGUAGACCAGGAAGGCCCCAUGUCUGCCAAGCCUCAACGGGCCAUCACCUUCUACAGGUUCCUCGCCGCCUUCUUCGACAAGUUCAAGUCUCUUGUAACAAGCUACUCAAGCUAUAUCAUCGAACAUGCCGCGAAGAUGCUUACUGAACUUGCGAAGGAUGACUCAGAGGUUACCACACGCAGUGCUGUUCUUGCCGCCCUUCAAAAGACAUUCCAACAUGACCAAGACGGUUUCUGGCAAGCGCCAUCCCACUUCGGAACCAUUAUGCCACCUCUGUUGUCCCUGCUCAACCUUCCAUCCGCAUCGACGUCUACUCCAGAAAACAAUACGAACAAUGUCAUCCCCACCAUCACCGAACUCGCCGUCGCAUCUGCAUCCUCCAUGGAGAACCAUCGGGAGAUGAACAGCAUACUUCUGAAGAACAUGAGGAGCGAUGAUAGGAACACCCGACUCGCAACAGUACUGUGUGAGCAAAGCUUGACAAGGAGACUAGGAGAGGAAUGGCUGGGCUUGCUUCCUGAGAUGCUGCCUUUUAUUAGUGAGCUCAUGGAAGAUGACGAUGAGAUCGUAGAAAGGGAGUGCCAGAGGUGGAAGAAUGGUAUGGAGGAGAUUCUGGGAGAGAGCUUAGAGGGUAUGCUGCAGUAG